AAACAACGCCCGCGUUUCUAGUUUUUUUUUUUUUUUUUUUUUUUUUUACUCGAACGGACAAACUCUCCUAGUCAGUUUCUGGAGAUGGGGAUGCGUGGAGUUGUGUUUUACGUGUUUUUAGCGGUUUUCAUCGAGCCAUGUCGGGGGACUUUAACGAACUGCGAUGAAGUGCGCAAAGUUUUCCAAAUGAAGGAAAUCGGACCAGUAAAAUCAAUACCCGAAACACCGAGAACAGGUUCAGACCUCCAGGUUUGUUUGUCAAAGAAUCUAACGUGCUGCACCAAGAAGAUGGAGGAGCGUUACCAGAUGGCGGCACGACGGGACAUCCAGAACCUUCUCCAGAUGUCCAGCUCUAGUCUGAAGUUCCUCAUCUCACGCAAUGUAGCUGCUUUUCAAGAAACCGUGGACUCACUGGUCCGUCAGGCGGAGAACCACACUCAUGCCGUCCUCUUGCAAACGUACCGUGACCUGGCCAGUCCCGCGGUGGCUCCUAUCGGGGAGUUUUUCACAGAUGUUGCUCUCUUUGUCUUGGGCUCCGAGCUCAGUCUGGAAGAAGCUUCACAUCGCUUUUUCAAUGCCCUUUUCCCCCUUGUUUACGAGCGGCUGGUGGAGCCGGGUCUCUCCCGCUUGUCUCCACCGUACGCUGAGUGUGUCCGUGCAGCCUGUCGGGAUCUGGCGCCAUAUGGUGGAGCCCCAAGCCGCCUCGCCUCGCAUAUCUCCCACGCCUCACUGCCUGGCCGGGUGUUUCUCCAGGCGCUUCACUUGGGUGUCGAGGUCAUCAAUACGACUGACCACAUUCAGCUCAGCCGGGAGUGUAGACGUGGGCUGCUGAGGAUGAGCUACUGCCCGCACUGUCAGGGGCUGACCACCAGCAAGCCCUGCAUGGGCUACUGCCUCAACGUGGUGCGAGGGUGUCUCGCCAGCCUGGCUGAAGUGGACGCGCAUUGGAGGGAGUUUGUGCGAUCGUUAGAGAUGCUCUCCACCCGCAUGCAUGGAGCGCAGGACCUGGAGCAAGUGCUUCUGGGAGUUGACGAGCUGGUGAGGGAUGCUGUGGCCCACACGCAGAGGAAUGCACCGCGACUUUCUGCUCAGGUGCAGAAGGUGUGCGGUCACCCCAGCAGACAGCCGGAGCAGGUGAGCAGCGUUCAGCACGGCAGCACCGGCCAAGACUCUAUUCCUUUGAAAGGAGUGGUCAGAAACGCUGAGGACAUGCUCAGCAACAGGAGGAAAGAGUUCAUCAGCAGUCUGCGUUUACACCGCGCCUUCUACGGUGGCCUGGCCGACCAGCUGUGUGUGAGCGAGUUAGCUUCUGGAGACGGACUGGCCUGCUGGAAUGGGGCUGAUGUGGUCAAAAGCUAUACUCUUCGAGUGGUUGGCAAUGGGAUUAAAGCCCAAGCUGAAAACCCAGAAGUCAAAGUGAAGGAGGCCGACCCGAUGAUCAGUCAAGUCAUUGAUAAACUGAAGCAUGUCAAUCAGCUGUUGCAGGGCAAGUCAAUACCAAAGCUUGGCACCCUGGACCAAAUCGAGACAGGAAGUGGAGAUGGAUACAGUGGAGAGUGUGAUGAUGAGGAUGGAUGCUGGGGAUCAGGGAACGGAGCAGCAGAGAGGAGAAGAAUAGUAACUAUAUUGAGAUCAGAAAAUUCCGACAAUCACCGAUUCCAUCACCCACAAACCAAAGACCUUGAUCAGAUGAAUUCUGGCACGAGAGGAACACAAACUGUCCCACUGGCUCUGGUCUCGAUAUGUGCGUUUGCGCUGUUGUCUGGGUAACAUCAGCCAACUGGGCCCAAACCCCAGUCUCAAGACACAUUGUUUCUUGGAAAGAAAAGAAUACAUGCCAGCUUUAAAAUGUUGAGGGUGUGAUUUCAGCGAUGAGAUGUUCUCAAAUUAAAAUGGAUUGUAAAAAUUGAUGCAUUGAGAACUGAGGAUGAACUGAGAGUGAAAAAUAUGAAACAAAACUGUCCUUUUAUAAACCUUUUUAAUCAUAAGAGUUUCUGUCAUAAACAUAACAGGCUACUAAACAUUCUGCCGACACUUUACUACCUUGAAAAUUUAUUAUUACAGGGUUCAGACUAACACUUUUAGAGAGAAAUUAAUUAAUUUAAUUCUUCAAUGAUGUAUAUUCAAAACAUAGUUGUGAGCUGAAAUGAGCACUGCACAUAUCGGCAUUUUUUAUUUUAUUUUAUUAGGAAUGAUGCAAUAUUUCUGAUGUCACGUACUGCUUUUUGAAUACGUCUUGGUACCAUGUACCUAAAUGACCUCUUUUUUUCAGCAUUUUUAAAUGUACUGUACUGUUUCUUUUCAUCUGAAAUGGCAUACGACGCUCCUUAACAAAAUGUUUAAAGAUAUGUUGAAUUACAAUGUAUUUAUUCUUGG